AUGAGUAAAAGUGACAACAAAAGUAAACCACGUGGCAAGUAUGAGCCCGACUGGGCUGACGAGCCGGAAGAAGAGAAGAAAACUCGAAAAGAGACGGCGAAAAUGUUCGGACCACAAAAAGAUCCAGAGUGGUGGGACAUCAACACUUUUAGCAAGGUACAUCGCUAAAUGAUUUAGUAAAUUUAGUAUUUUUGUUAUCCAGGAAGACAAUCCAAACGGCUUGCUUCAAGAAUCGUCGUUCUCUUCUCUGUUCCCAAAAUACCGCGAGAAAUACAUCAAGGAGAGUUGGCCGUUGAUCGAGAAAGCUCUCGCCGAGCAUCAUCUAAACGCCGAUCUGGAUCUUUUGGAGGGAACAAUGUGCGUGCGAACGACACGCAAAACUUGGGAUCCGUACAUUAUCAUGAAAGCGCGUGAGGUGAUCAAGCUGUUGUCCCGCAGUGUUCCGUACGAGCAGGCGAUCCGAGUUCUCGAGGACGAGAUCUACUGCGAGAUUAUCAAAAUCUCAUCAAUGGUUCGGAACAAGGAACGCUUCGUGAAGCGCCGAGCCCGAUUGAUUGGAAACGAAGGAGCGACGCUGAAGGCUCUGGAGCUGCUCACUCAGUGCUACGUUUGUGUCCAAGGAGGGACCGUUUGCGCUGUCGGACCGCUCAGUGGGCUCAAGCAGAUCAAGUGAGCAUCUUUUGAAAUGAAACCUGCAAAAGUAAUUGUUUCAUUUUAGCCAAAUCGUGACCGAUUGCAUGAAAAACAUUCACCCAAUUUACAACAUCAAGACGAUGAUGAUCAAGAGAGAACUGGCGAAAAACGACGAGCUGAAGGACUCAAACUGGGAUCCGUACCUUCCGAAGUACAGAAAGAAGGUGCAAUCGGCGACGACGACGAAGGACGCGAAGAAGAAGAAGGCGCAGAAGAUGAAGCAGAAGGGAGAGUACACUCCGUUCCCGCCGGCUCCGGUCAUGAGCAAGAUUGACAAGCAGAUUGAGAGUGGAGAAUACUUCAUUCGGGAGCACGAGAGGAAAAUGAACAAAAGAAGGUUAGAACCAAUUCAACGUCCACGAGGUUACAGACGUUUUCAGAGCAAAACUUGAAGCAUCAGCGGUGAAGACUGUGGAGCGGCAGCAGCAGAAAUUGAAGGUUUACCAAGCAAAGGAAGAGGCGCCACGUGAGAAGCAGACAAAAAAACGGCAGAACGAUGCGCCGAUUGAUAUAGAGAAGCUGAAGAAGAAGGCGAAACUCAACAAAGGAGCCAAGUAA